UGAAUACCAUGACAACGGUACGCACCUGUGCCACAAAAAAUUGGGCAAUAUAUUGAACUUUUCACGUAAAUAAUCAGAUCCGAAGAUUAAUAAUGAAUCAAGAAGCAAAGAAGAUAACAAAUAACUUGUACGGGAGAGUUACAGCGCCGGCCCUAGAAAAAUGUCGCGUUAACUUUUGUACGGAUUUAGAGAAAUCAGUUUUGAUGAGCAAUUUUGAGAGACGGGGUUGGAAUCAAGUCGGGCCGGAUGAUGAAUGGAACUUCUAUUGGGCUUCAACGCAAACCUGUAGAAAUCUAUUCAGUGUUGAGAGUGGUUAUCGAAUGAAUGACAAUCAGAUGAUUAAUCACUUUCCGAACCAUUAUGAACUGUCGAGGAAAGAUUUGCUUGUGAAAAAUAUAAAGAGAUACCGUAAAGAACUCGAGAGAGAAGGAAGUCCAUUAGCUGAGAAGGCAGAAGUAGUUCUGCAUGGUGGACAAGUUGUUACAAGAUAUAUCCAUCUCGAUUUCGUUCCUAUUACAUUCGUUCUUCCAGCUGACUAUAAUAUGUUUGUUGAAGAGUACCGGAAAUCUCCACAGAGCACUUGGAUUAUGAAACCUUGUGGAAAAUCUCAAGGUACCGGCAUUUUCCUUAUAAACAAGUUGUCGAAGCUAAAAAAGUGGUCUCGCGAGGCUAAAACUCCUUUCCAUCCGCAGUUAAGCAAGGAAAGCUACGUGAUUUCUCGUUACAUAGACAAUCCUUUGCUAAUAGGAGGAAAAAAGUUUGAUCUUAGACUUUACGUGUUGGUAACUUCUUUUCGACCCCUGAAAGCUUAUCUGUUCCAACUCGGCUUUUGUAGGUUUUGCACAGUGAAAUACGAUACAAGCGUCACGGAAUUAGAUAACAUGUAUGUCCACCUUACAAAUGUCAGUGUACAAAAACACGGUGGGGAUUAUAACAGUAUACAUGGUGGUAAAAUGAGUGUACAAAAUUUACGACUUUACUUAGAGGGUAGUCGAGGUAGGGUGGUUACGGAAAAGUUGUUUGCGGCCAUGCAAUGGCUAAUUGUACAUUCACUGAAGGCUGUUGCUUCUGUAAUGGCUAACGACCGGCACUGUUUUGAAUGUUACGGCUACGACAUUAUUAUUGACAACCAGUUAAAGCCUUGGUUAGUAGAAGUGAAUGCCUCACCCUCGUUAACAUCGACAACAGUUAAUGACAGGAUACUGAAAUAUAAGCUAAUAGAUAACAUUUUGUCAGUUGUUUUACCCCCAGACGGUGUGCCAGAUGUGCGUUGGAAUAAAUUGCCCUCACCAGAUUCUUUGGGGAGUUUCGAUUUACUUAUUGAUGAAGAACUUUUGGAAAAAGAUGAGGGUAUAGCGCCAGGCGGACGCAUAGGUAAAAAUAAUAAAUUAGGUAGAUAA